CCGGAGUUCUGGGCAACGGCUCCUCCUCGUCCAUGUUGCUUGUGGAAAAUAGCCUCCGAUCAGUCAGGGAGUUCGUUCGCGACUGUUUCGCGUAAUCCGAAUCAACGUAUGAAUCCAUUUUCCGGUUGUCGUUCUCGUUGGUCUUCGGGCAAUGCAACCUGGAUUCGACGACAUCCGGGUCACGGUCUCCAGCUGCCCGAUCACUUACUCCCACGUUUGUCUCAGAUGAUGGGAAAUCCACAAGUUGCCAGUGCCGCCACCCUGACUACUAUUUCACCACACGGUCGACGGAGUUUGUCACAUUGGGCUUACAAUGGGAACUUAUAUAUAUCAUUCGGCACUGUGCGAUGCCAAACCGCCGAACAAUGGCAGCUACAUUUUCACGACGUGUGGCGCUACCGUUUGUCGGACAAUGUAUGGACACAAGUCACCACGGAAUGCUUCGCUGACGAUGCAGUAGUGAGAGCACAUUGGCCUUCAGCACGUCGACGUGCCGUGGCUAGUCUGUACUUACCUUGCCCUCAUGUCUCAGGAAUCCCUCCGAAUCAUGUGCCCACUCUAUUCCGACCGUUGGUUUAUGUGUUUGGUGGAACUCAGCCACGGGUGUUGGACAAACAUGGCACUAUGUCGGCCUGUCGAACUCGUCGUCCCAGCAUGACUGCACCUGCCAGGCCGUACACUCUGUUCACUUCCGGUAUACCAUCCGUCUCGAACACAGAAGAACCAGUCACACAGAACCGCCUACUGGGACUUGGAGAUGGCGAUUCGGUCUCACUGCUCAACUUGCCAGGCGCCAAUUCUUCCCUCGUCGCAUCUAGUUCCACCACUAUUACCUCUCCAAUGGCUAUUCUGCUCGUCAAUUCACCCCGCACGUUCCAUACAGAACAAUCCACACCGUUCUAUUUGGUCAUGAUUGUGCCCGGGCAUAUACCAACAUCUUUGUACGGCUCUGCCUCACCCAAACAAUCCUGUCAACAUCAGUCUGCCCUGUCUCAUCUGUGCGUGGUCAGUUUUGCCGAGCUGGGUGCGUUGUUUCGGACUCCGUUGGACAGUGCCAUGCCACUCGAUUCCAUGUGUUAUGGGUCCUUGGAUAAACUGUUGUACACAAGCGAGCCGGAUCUGGAAGUGGAUCAAGUGCAACUUUACACCGCGCUUCGUUUGGCCUGGUUGGCUGUGCUUAAUCGUAGCCAAUCUGCUGACAGCCUGACGUCCGUGGUAGAUAUGAUCGGUGGCUCCCGAUUACACAUGCUGAUUGUGCAGCAACAACUAGCAUCACAGACGGAAUCCAUACUGGGAGCCAGUGUUAGCGGUCAUUCCGCUUUGGAUUUUAGCGAUCCUACGGAUGAGUUGUCCUGCGCACCGCUCAUCUUGGAACAACAUUCGUAUGUCCUGGCUCCGGAUGGUCAAGUGCUUCGCGAAAGCUUGGAUUGCGUUCAAGGUUUUCUGUGGUUCACUUUAUUACCACUGGUCUGUUCAGCGCUGAUCACAACCGUUGAUUUGUUACUGGAAUCCACACGACGCCUACUGGUCUGCUUGCGUCAGGGUAAUCUACGUUCAUUUGUCCUUGGCCCGCUGGUCUUUCGUAGCACAUCUCCAUGUCCCGAUUGCAAUGCUUCUGAGCAACACCCUGUCCAUGUGUGGAUCGAUUCUAGUCAACUGACCGGGUUGAUUCCGGUUCGUGAACCGGCCUCCAAUAAUAACAUCUCAUCUGGACGACCGGAGUCACGAAACUCACGGGACUGUCGCCAUCAGACAAUCGCCUCUCUAUUGAUACAAUUUCUACCACAUUUACGAAGCACAUUAGAGCUGGAAUUCGCCACGAAGCAUUUACCUGGUGACGCGGCACCGCGGAUAACUGAGCCAGUACAUCAUUCGCUCCUUUCGCCCAGUACAGCAGAUUAUAACGUAGCAAGCACUUCACAUGAUUCGGCUAACAGCACCUUGAUUACGGACACAAGUAGUAAGUAG